AUGGUGGCAGAAAAUGGAGAAGGUAGAUCCUUAUCAGAAACCCCCACUUGGGCUGUUGCAACUGUCAUCACUCUCUUGGUUUCUCUUAGUUUCCUGUCUCAUGGAACAUUGAAAAAAUUGGUUAAGUGGUUGGAUAGAACUAAGAGAAAAUCCCUUCUUUCUGCUUUGGAAAAGAUGCAAGAAGCAGAAUUGAUGCUGUUUGGACUUCUGUCGUUGUUGAUGGGCCAUUGGAUUCUUUUUGUGGCAAAGAUUUGUGUUAAAUCAUCAGUAUUAAGUAGCAGAUUUUUUCCAUGUGCAAUGGAGAAGAGUUUUGAAAUUGUGAAACAUAGUGUAUGGUUGAAUUCAGAAUAUUCUAAUAAGACGAUUCUCAAAGAGCAAGUGAAUCAUGGUCGGCAUAGUUAUUGUCCUAAGGGUCAUGAAUCAUUUGCUUCUUACGAAAGCCUAGAGCAGCUUCAUCGCUUUGUGUUUGUUCUUGGGAUCACUCAUGUUUCCUACAGCUUUGUGGCUGUUGCUCUAGCCAUGAUCAAGAUUUACAGCUGGAGAACAUGGGAGAAUGAAGCAAAGACUAUUGCUAUACAAAGCUUAGAUGCUUCACAAAAUGCUUCAAGUAUAAGAUUGAAGCGGCUUAGUACAUUCAUUUUUCACAACACAUCUCAUCCUUGGAGCCAUCACAAAAUUCUUGUUUGGCUGUUAUGUUUUAGUCGCCAAUUCUGGAGUUCAAUCAAUCGAGCCGAUUACAUGGCAUUGCGCUUAGGCUUCAUUACAAAUCAUGACCUUCCCCUGACUUACGAUUUCCACAACUACAUGCUUCGAAGCAUGGACGAGGAAUUUCGUGACAUUGUAGGUGUUAGUGUGCUUCUCUGGGUAUAUGCAAUAUGCUGCAUUUUUCUAAAUUUUCAUGGACACAACUUUUACUUUUGGCUUUCCUUUGUCCCAGCAAUUUUGAUCCUUAUAAUCGGUACUAAAUUGCAUCGAGUCGUUGUAAAAUUGGCCGUUGAAGUAAUAGAUGAUUGUCCAGAUAAGAAGCAUCAUCGGUUUAAUUUAAGAGACGAACUCUUUUGGUUUGGAAAGCCAGGGCUUCUGUUGAAAUUAAUACAAUUGAUAUCUUUCUUGAACGCAUUUGAAAUGUCAACAUUCUUAUGGUCCCUGUGGGAAAUUAAAGAAGCUUCUUGCUUCAUGAACAACCGAACAUUCGUUGUGAUCCGCUUGUCGUUCGGGGUUGUUUCACAAGUCUGGUGCAGCUUCAUAACAUUUCCGCUGUAUGUUAUCAUCACACAGAUGGGAUCAAGAUUCAAAAAAACAGUGAUAUCUGAAAAUGUAAGAAAGUCAUUAUCUAAAUGGCAGAGAAGAGUGAAGGAGAAACAAAGUUCCUCUUAUGAAAUCCUUAAUACAUCAACAACAACAUCAUUGGAGUCUUUGAAGCAUGGAAUGGACAAUUGUACUUCUGCCUUAACCAGAGAGACUCAGGAAGGAAGUUCCUCAAGAACAAAAGAUGUUUGUUUUUCUAACAUUGAUGAUGUAUUAAUGAUUCAUAGCAAUACAGAAUUUUCAAGUUAUGAUGAAGAUCAACAUGAUCAUGAUGUAAAAUAUGAUUUGUCUUCUUCUCCAUUGUCUUGA